AGAAAGCAACUCUUCUCUCCAAUCCCCCUUCCCUCCACUCAAUGGCUCGUGUAAAUCAUUUCUUCUACUUCUUCAUCAUGCUCGUCUUCCUCGAAAGCUCUCUAUGCUAUGGUGGACGCCAUCUCCUCGACACCCCGGCUCCUGAAUCACCGCCGAUUCCAUCGUUGCCACCGCAGCCAGCUCUGCCGUUUCCGUCGUUGCCACCGCAGCCAACUCUGCCGUCUAUCCUACAGCCUGCAGCACUGCCACCGCUACCUGCUUUACCGGCCCUUACUAACUUUGCUUUGCCUCCACUUCCAACAAUCCCCAGCAUUCCAAAAUUGUCAUUGCCUCCUUUGCCUUCCAUUCCCAGUAUUCCAUCACUUCCUUUUCUUUCCCCACCACCUGCAGCAAGUGAAAGCCCGUGAUAACGAAGUCUUAACCAGCGGCAGAUUCCAUGUUUCUGUUUACAUAAUUUGAUUACAGUGGUGUUGUUUUAGGUGUAAAUCUUUUGUAUUUGAUAUGUUGUGUUGUGUGAGUUAUGUACACGUUUUUGUGUUUGGAUUUAAUUAAUUAUGUGCUAAGUUGUUUGUGUUAUGUGUUAAGUAUUAAUUAAUUAUU